AUACAAUGUAUAUCUUAUUACAAGCAAAUGUAGAGUAUAUCUAUUCAUGACUGAUAUAAAUGCAACACACUUGUUAAUUUAACUUUUAACGGAACUAUGUUUUUUAAUCAAAAUUCAAAACCACAGGCGUAAAGAAAAAUGAGUGAGGAAAAAAGACCUUUGCUGGCAAGUGGAGGGACCGACAGCUCUGUCAGAUACUCUGUAUCAGGAAGGGAACAUACAGUUGUCUACACGGACUCUAAUUAUAGAGGGCCUGAUGAGUCAGCAAGAAACCAAUAUAGAUAUGAAGCGAGACAUAGUAUGGUGGACAGCCUGGAAACUGUUACACUAUCCUGGGAAAAUAUCAACCUUUACACAAGAAAAGGAAGCAAACAGAUACUAAGGAAUGUAUAUGGCCACGUUAAACCAGGAACACUUCUGGCUAUCAUAGGCGCAAGUGGAUCGGGAAAGACAACUUUGUUAAAUACAUUAACGUCAAGAAUUGAUAGUUCCACGUUAAGUUACUCCGGUGACAUACGAGUAAAUGGUACUACAGUAGGCACCGGUAUCCGCAAUAUAUCAGCUUACGUACAACAAGAUGAUCUAUUUAUAGCAACAAUGACUGUUAAAGAACAUCUCACAUUCAGGGCCUUACUUAGAAUGGAUAAAAGUGUUAACACAAAACGAAGACUUGAGCGGGUAGACGAAGUUUUAAAGGAGUUAGGCCUGCAAAAAUGUGAGGAUAACAUGAUAGGAAAUCCUGGCAGAAUAAAGGGAAUAUCUGGUGGUGAGAUGAGAAGAUUGUCUUUCGCUUCUGAGAUCCUGACAAAUCCUCCAUUAUUAUUCUGUGAUGAAGCUACGUCUGGAUUAGAUUCUUUUAUGGCAGACAAUAUUGUACAAACAUUGAAAGGUAUGGCUGACAAAGGAAAAACUGUACUGUGUACCAUACACCAGCCAUCCUCGGAUGUCUUCUCUUUAUUUCACAAUGUUCUGGUGAUGGCUGAAGGUCGUGUAGCGUUCAUGGGCGAGGCGGAAGAAGCACUUCGCUUUUAUGAAAGAGUAGGAUUUAAUUGCCCAAAGAACUACAACCCGGCAGAUUUUUACAUAUUAACUAUGGCAGUGGUACCGGGCAAGGAAUCCGAAUGCAAGCGUAGGAUAGAGACAAUAUGUGACAGUUUUGAGGCCACCGAUCAAGCUAAACAAAUUUUGAAUGAUAACAAAUUCGAGACAGACAAUGCAAAACAUUCCGGUGUUAUAUUUGACGAAGCCACAAGUCAUUCAUCAAGGUAUGAGGCUACGUGGACGCAACAAUUUAAAGCGGUGUUCAAGAGAUCACUGAAAACUGUAAUCAGAGAACCCAUGGUUACACGUGUCAGGAUCGCACAAACUGUUGUGAUUGCUGUUGUGCUAGGGUUGAUAUAUCUACGCCUAGAAUUAAGUCAAACUGGUGUACAAGAUAUCAACGGAGUUCUUUUCCUUCUUCUCAUGAACAUGACAUUCUCCAACGUAUUUGGUGUCUUAAAUUCGUUUCCAUUAGAAACGCCAAUAUUUUUCAGAGAGUAUGCUACAGGUUUGUAUGGGGCAGAUGUCUACUUCCUGUGCAAGUCUUUUGCUGAGCUCCCUACUUUUAUCGUUAUACCACUUGUGUUUUGUGCAAUAACAUAUUGGAUGGUAGGAUUGUAUUCCACAUUUAUGGCCUUUCUUGUGUUUACUGGCAUACUUGUGCUAGUUGCAAACAUUUCGGUUUCUUUCGGGUACAUUGUCUCAACAAGUGCUAACUCCGUGACGACCGCAUUAGCUAUUGCACCUCCUCUUAUGAUACCAUUGAUAAUGUUUGGUGGUUUCUUCUUAAACAAAGAUUCUGUUCCCGUGUAUUUCAUAUGGUUGGAAUAUUUAUCUUGGUUUAAAUAUUCAAAUGAGAUGAUAGCUAUCAACCAAUGGGAAAACGUUGACAGUAUCCCAUGUGCAAAUAGAAAUACGUCAGCAACUCCUGGCGUCACACAGAAACAAUCGAACAAAUGUUUAUUUGACAAUGGCGAGGAUGUGAUAGAUUACUUGAACUUUGAUAAGGACAAUAUCUGGACAGACCUUUAUGUGCUUAUAAGCAUGAUGAUUGCGUACAGAAUAAUUGCCUUCCUUAUUCUCCUGAUUAAAGCGAGGCUUUCUGUUAGACAUAAAACGGCACAAUCUGAUGAUCAUAAAAAUGACACGCCUACCUAAAUUUUAUUGACAUGAUAAAUUAUAUGUUUACAAAUGCUCGCUAGAAUUUGUUGCCAGUAUAUCUAUACACAAGAAUUUGAAGGAACAUCUAGGAACAACCGUUAAGUUGACUUCUUGCCUGUAAAUUUAUUACAAAAAUGCGGUAAGAUGCAGUUAAACAACAAUUAAACUAUUUAUCAAAUGACAAAGUGACUUGCUAUACAUAUAUCUCUUCUUUGUUGUUCAUGUUAUGCUCUUAGUGCUAAAGUGCAAAACAUAUAGAGCGAAAUAAUCAUUCAGAUAAUGUUGAAAAUAAUUAAAGGCUUAUUUAAGAUUUGUUUAUGUACUUUAAAUAGUAUCAUGAUGCAAACUGUUUCUCCACAACUAUUGAAGAAAAAAGACUUGUAAUUGAUCGAGUUUAAGGAAAGGUUUACUUAGCGUAACACUGGCAGUAGGCCAUGUCAGCCUCUCGAAUAUGUGCAGUUCUGUAGAAUUACUAGUGAUGAUCGCUGAAAAUUGACUGGAUGGGCUUAUUAUGCCAGUAUGCCGGUGAUCAUGUGUUUUUUGUUUGUUUUAUAAUUGCUUAGGUACAAUUGACAUGACUAUUUUUUUAUGAUUUUAUUGAUGAUUUCUUUUAUUGCCUGUACAGUAUUAGUUGUUGCAUUUUAAUUUAAAUUUUAACAUGACGUACAGAUAAAAUAAUUGUUAUAAUUUUAUUAAAAUAAAUAAUAUAUUUGAUGAUA